UAGCAGGAAUAAUUCUUAAGUGAAGAAUUCACUUCCAAGGCUGACAAUUGGGAACUUCGUGAUAUAAGCAAUUUGCAACGGUGAACAAGUAAACUUGUUGUUGCCACACCUUUCAUAUUGUAUUCUUCUACAAAGCACUUACUACCAUGUCACAUACCAUGUAUUGUAUUUAUUCGUUUGUUUGUCUUAUAUUCCUCCAAUGGAAUUUAAACUCUGUGGAGGCAGGAAUUUUUUGUUUUAUUCUUUGCUGUAUUCCCAUCUCCUAGACCAUUGCCUAGCAUCUAGCAGGUGCUCAGUAAACAUUUGUUGAAUGACGAGAUAGGUUAAUUAGGCUUUGGAAAUUCUUCGAACAUUUUGGGUAAAAGGAAUGCUGGGUUAUUUUAGACAUGAAGUAAAAUCCUAAGCAAGUGUAUAGUUUGUAAGGGUAGAGUUUAUAUAUACAUUUAACUACCUAGGUUAUACGUUUUUCUUUGAACAGUCUUGAAUUUACCGUGUUUUUUUUUAUUGAAUGCGAAUAAAAGUCAUUCCUACCACCACUCUGUACAUCCAAGCUGAUUGUGUCUCAGUCUCACUUAAAACUUAAGAGAACUAUUCAUCGUAAAGAAAAAGAAGGCUAAUAGCUAGCUGACAUGACCCUUAGGUAUUAAAGACUUAUGAGACUAAAAUACGGUAAAACUUGUAAAUGCUGGAACCUGUGUAAGGCGAAAACCUGUUAGAGACUGAACACUUAAGUAUUUUCCACUAAAACAAGUGUCAAAGGAGGAAAACUUGCUAAAUCCAGAAAGACAAGGCAGUCCUAUCGAGUUCCGGCUCUCACAGGUUUCGCUGUAAUAAAAUUCGGUACAUUGGCAUUAUUCCUUUAAAAAAAACUUCAGUUGUUUUUCUGAGAUGUUGAUAUUGACCCUGAAAACUGGUCAAAUCAAGCUUCUGAUGUUAAUUUGGGGUUGUUAUCAGUUUUCUGCAUGUACAAGUAAUGGGAUUUGAAAUGUCUUUUAUGCCUGAAUUAAAAAGAACUUAGUCACUGAUGACUCAUGGUGAGAAGUUUUUCCUUUUCCCUGCUAAACAUAUGCCAUUGCCUCUGCAUGGCCUUAUUGAAACACUGAAAACAUAAAGAACCCCUACUUUUAUGUACUAGGUUCUGGAAAAGUUAGAUUUAAGGGGGUGACCUUAAUUAUAGUGCUUUUUAGUAGUGAGCACUACAUUUCAAUUUCCAGAUUUCCAUACAAAUUUCUUUCGUCUCUGCUUCUGUGGAAGUUUUCUCAUUACACCAUAUAAAAUCUUCAAAAAUCCUCUAGGCAGUAGAUAAGUCCAUAUGGACUUUGUCUGUUUUGUUCAUUAUUGUAUUCCCAGUGCCUAGAAUAGUGCUUUGUACCGAGCAGGCAAUUAAGUAUUUGUUGAGUGAAGUUACACACAUAUCUUAAUAACAGUGCAUCUUAGAAAAAUAAUGGAAGUUCUGUUGCAAUAACUUACCACUUUUGCCCUUUUGAAUCAAUUCACGAUCAGCCUAGUUCAGGAGGCUUCUCAGUAUUAGCCCAAGGUAGUACUGCCCUAAUAGUUCCUUGCAUAGGUUAUGCCAACCCUAAAUCUCCUUUAGUGGUUCACUUACAAAAAACCCAAAUCUACUGCCUUGAAAUUGAUUCCGACUGAUAGCGACCCUGUAGGACAGGGUAGAACUGCCCCGUAGGGUUUCCGAGGCUGUAAUCUUUACGGAAGCAGACUGCCACGUCUUUCUCCCACAGAGCAGCUGGUGGGUUGGAACUGCCGAAAGUCUAGCAGCCAGUGCUUAACCACUGUACCACCGGGGCUCCUUUCACUUGCAAAAGGAAGGCUAAAUUGGCAACACCCCAUAGACACUUGCACCUGCGAGAACCAAUGGGAGUUGUAACAGGAAAUACUUCAGCUUGCAAUACUGGUAGUGAUGUGCAGCGCCCAAGUCACGCUGUUUUUAUCUGCAGUUCCUUUUUAGGAUUGUACAAGGGUUCUUGAAGAUUUUUUCAAAAUUUCCUAUCAGUUUAAAAGAGAAUUCACUUUAAAUUUGAAAAUCAAGAUGUGAAUGGUUAUUUGCCUUUUCCUCAUUAUCAAGAAAUUGGUGCACCAGAAAUACGAAAGAGUGAAGUUGUAAAAGAGAAAAAGUUGCUGCUAAAAUGAAUCUGAGCAAUAUAGUAUAUUCUGUGCCAUGUACAAAAAGGUGCUGAGGAUUUACCAAAAGAAUAUAUGUCAGUGAGAGAUAAAGCUGACUGGGGUAGCAAAAAGUAAAGUGCUCGCGAUACUCGUCAUCAUGCCUAAAGGGGUGCCAAAGGACCCAGAGAUUGCUGAACUGUUCCACAAAGAUGAUCCUGAAGAGCUUUUUAUUGGCUUGCAUGAAAUUGGACAUGGAAGUUUUGGAGCAGUUUAUUUUGCCACAAAUGCUCACACCAACGAGGUGGUGGCAGUUAAGAAAAUGUCCUAUAGUGGGAAGCAGGCACAUGAGAAAUGGCAAGAUAUUCUCAAGGAAGUCAAGUUUUUACGACAUUUGAGGCAUCCCAAUACCAUAGAAUACAAAGGUUGUUACUUGAAAGAGCAUACUGCUUGGCUGGUGAUGGAAUAUUGCUUAGGCUCAGCUUCGGACUUAUUAGAAGUUCAUAAGAAACCGCUUCAGGAAGUGGAGAUCGCUGCCAUUACUCAGGGUGCUUUGCAGGGGCUAGCCUACUUGCAUUCUCAUGCAUUGAUUCAUAGGGAUAUUAAAGCAGGAAAUAUUCUUCUAACAGAGCCAGGUCAGGUGAAACUAGCUGAUUUUGGAUCUGCCUCAAUCGCUUCUCCUGCCAACUCCUUCGUGGGCACACCUUACUGGAUGGCACCAGAGGUGAUCUUAGCUAUGGACGAAGGACAGUAUGAUGGGAAAGUUGAUGUUUGGUCACUUGGGAUCACCUGUAUUGAAUUAGCGGAACGGAAGCCCCCCCUUUUCAACAUGAAUGCAAUGAGUGCCUUAUAUCACAUUGCCCAGAAUGACUCCCCAACAUUACAGUCCAAUGAAUGGACAGACUCCUUUAGGAGAUUUGUUGAUUACUGCUUGCAGAAAAUACCUCAGCAAAGGCCAACGUCAGCGGAACUAUUACGGCAUGACUUUGUUCAACGAGAUCGGCCACCACGUGUCCUAAUUGACCUCAUACAGAGGACAAAAGAUGCUGUCCGUGAGCUAGAUAACCUGCAGUACCGAAAAAUGAAAAAAAUCCUUUUCCAAGAGACACGAAAUGGACCCUUGAAUGAAUCGCAAGAAGAUGAAGAAGACAGCGAACAUGGAGCCAGCCUGGGCAGGGAAAUGGACAGCCUGGGCAGCAACCAUUCCAUCCCAAGCAUGUCUGUGAGCACAGGCAGCCAGAGCAGCAGUGUGAACAGCAUGCAGGAGGUCAUGGACGAGAGCAGCCUUGAGCUUGUCAUGAUGCUGGAGGACGAAAGCACGAUAAAUUCCAGUUCCUCUGUUGUGCACAAGAAGGAUCAUGUAUUCAUAAGGGAUGAGGCGGGCCACGGCGAUCCCAGGCCUGAGCCGCGGCCUACCCAGUCAGUUCAGAGCCAGGCCCUCCACUACCGGAAAAGAGAGCGCUUUGCCACGAUCAAAUCAGCAUCUUUGGUUACACGGCAGAUCCAUGAGCAUGAGCAGGAGAACGAGUUGCGGGAACAGAUGUCAGGUUAUAAGCGGAUGCGGCGCCAGCACCAGAAGCAGCUGAUCGCCCUGGAGAACAAGCUGAAGGCUGAGAUGGACGAGCACCGCCUCAAGCUACAGAAGGAGGUGGAGACGCAUGCCAACAACUCGUCCAUCGAGCUGGAGAAGCUGGCCAAGAAGCAAGUGGCUAUCAUAGAAAAAGAGGCAAAGGUAGCUGCAGCAGAUGAGAAGAAGUUCCAGCAACAGAUCUUGGCCCAGCAGAAGAAAGACUUGACAACUUUCUUAGAAAGUCAGAAGAAGCAGUAUAAGAUUUGUAAGGAAAAAAUAAAAGAGGAAAUGAAUGAGGACCAUAGCACACCCAAGAAAGAGAAGCAGGAACGGAUAUCCAAGCAUAAAGAGAACUUGCAGCACACACAGGCGGAAGAGGAAGCCCACCUUCUCACUCAACAGAGACUGUACUACGACAAAAACUGUCGUUUCUUCAAGCGGAAAAUAAUGAUCAAGCGGCACGAGGUGGAGCAGCAGAACAUUCGGGAGGAACUAAAUAAAAAGAGGACCCAGAAGGAGAUGGAGCACGCCAUGCUAAUCCGGCACGACGAGUCCACCCGAGAGCUGGAGUACAGGCAGCUGCACACGUUACAGAAGCUUCGCAUGGAUCUGAUCCGCCUACAGCACCAGACCGAACUGGAAAACCAGUUGGAGUACAACAAGAGGCGAGAAAGGGAACUGCACAGAAAGCAUGUCAUGGAACUCCGGCAACAGCCAAAAAACUUAAAGGCCAUGGAAAUGCAAAUUAAAAAACAGUUUCAGGACACUUGCAAAGUACAGACCAAACAGUAUAAAGCACUCAAGAAUCACCAGUUGGAAGUUACUCCAAAGAAUGAGCACAAAACAAUCUUAAAGACACUGAAAGAUGAGCAGACGAGAAAACUUGCCAUUUUGGCAGAGCAGUAUGAACAGAGUAUAAAUGAAAUGAUGGCCUCUCAAGCGUUACGGCUAGAUGAGGCUCAAGAAGCAGAAUGCCAGGCCUUGAGGCUACAGCUCCAGCAGGAAAUGGAGCUGCUCAACGCCUACCAGAGCAAAAUCAAGAUGCAAACAGAGGCACAACAUGAACGCGAGCUCCAGAAGCUAGAGCAGAGGGUGUCUCUGCGCAGAGCACAUCUUGAGCAGAAGAUUGAAGAAGAGCUGGCUGCCCUUCAGAAGGAACGCAGCGAGAGAAUAAAGUACCUAUUGGAAAGGCAAGAGCGAGAGAUCGAAACUUUUGACAUGGAGAGCCUCAGAAUGGGAUUUGGGAAUUUGGUUACAUUAGAUUUUCCUAAGGAGGACUAUAGAUGAGAUUAAAUUUUUUUGCCAUUUACAAAAAAAAAAGAAAAAGAAAAAAAAUUCAGACCCUGCAAAACCACAUUCCCCAUUUUAACGGGCGUUGCUCUCGCGCUCUCUCUCUCUCUCUCUUACUCUUACUGACAUCGUGUCGGACUAGUGCCUGUUUAUUCUUACUCCAUCAGGGGCCCCCUUCCUCCCCCCGUGUCAACUUCAGUGCUGGCCGGAACCUGGCCGUCCCUUCUACUCAUAGUACACGUCAGAGUAUUGAUGUGAUUCAGAACGUUUCAGUGAAAGCUUUGGGAGACAAUUUUAACAAAACAAUAAACCAACAACAACAACAAAAGUGGAUGUAUAUUGCUUUAAGCAAUCACUCAUUACCACCAAUCUGUGAAAGUAAAGCAAAAAAUAAAUAAUAAUAAACGCCAAGGGGGAGAGAGACACAAUAUCCGCAGCCUUACACCUUAACUAGCUGCUGCAUUAUUUUAUUUUAUUUUUUUGGUAUUUAUUCAUCAGGAAUUAAAAAAAAAAAAAACAAA